CAGACAUCUUACUUCAACAAUUUUAUUUUCCUAAUCUUAGUAUAUGAAAAGUCGAUUCCUUUCAUAAAAUGCCUAUAUAAAUUUCCCAGAGAUCUAAUCAACUUCACACAGCAUCAUGUCACAGAAAGGUGGCACCUAUCGACCCUCAGCAGCAGCGGAAGAUACCCAAUUACAGCAUUCAUCUAGACCAUCUAUACCUGCGUCUGUAAAGUAUGAAAAACAACAAGAAUAUUGUAAAGAAAAGAGUGAUGUCUGCGACUCUCACACUGCUGAGCGCAGCGUUUCUGCCUCCGAGAAGAUAAGCGAGAAAAUGAGGUACUCAGAUCCAAGGGACGAUGACGACCGGGAAUGGGAAUUUGUGAGCAUCCCUGAUGAGAGCGAGAGCCAGAGGGACGGCUCCGACAAUGCUUUCGAGUUCCACUAUGACCUUACCGUCGGCUGCGGGAAGUGGAAACACACACUCGUCAGCGUGGAUGUUACAUCCAGAUCGCAAUGAUGAGUGAUUUCUCUUGGUAGUAGGCGUGGAAAGCUUUACCUCAUUAAAAAAAAACAAAUCUUCAUGAUAAAUGGACAUUUUGGAACCUAUACCAGCGUAGUUGCAACUCAAAACCAUACGACUAAUUACUAGAGACUGCUGAAUACGUGUUGGUGGCGAUG